AAUAGCAUGCUCAAGAUAUUGUUAAUAUUGUUUUUUUGUGUAAAUUAAUUACUUUAUUGGGUUGCAGUGUGGCUCAUACCUGUCACAUGCAUGAUGGUAAAUUGUGUUUUGUAUACAUUUUGCUGAUUGACACGCAGACACCAUUAAAGAUGUUCUGCACAUAGAAACUACACUGCGCUCGCGGUGUCCUCGUGCAGCGGCGCGUGAGGAGUCCAGGUGCUGCAAAGAUGCGCGCGACGUGCGUUAGUCUCGGCAGCACGCGACACGCGGAGAGCACGAUUUCGCCGGACGCGACCGAGAGACGGCGUGGGUCCUUUGUUUACAGGAGCCCGAGGAAAGCUAAAAGAAAUGCUGCAGUUUGAGACUUUGCUUCUGAGACAGCUGCAGAAACAGCAAAACAGGGAUGAGUUCUGUGACACUGUUUUACACACUCAAGGUGUGUCAGUGCCAGUACACAGCUGUGUGCUGUCUGCCUUCAGUCCCAGGCUCUAUGGCACGCUAUCCUCCAUGCCAGCGCCAAUGUCUGGCCAGAGACGGCUAAUCGAGCUCCAAGCUGUGGAUGCGUGCACGCUGCUCAGCUUGGUUAGUUUGCUCUACUCAGGUCAGUUACAAGAGAACAGAGAGCAGGUUUUCUCAGCUGCACAAACAUUGGGCAUCGAGUUACCUCAGUGGCAAGAAGAAGAACGACACGGAGGAAAAGUGGGAAGAAGAAAAGAGAGCGAGGAUGUUGAACAAGAUAUGGAGGAAGAGGUGUAUACAAGAAAGUGGGAUGACAAGAUGGCCAGAAGAAUGGGAGAGGCCAGUAGAGGAGAGAACGGAAAGAAAAAAGAGAGUGGUACACAGACCGAGUGUGAGAGUGAAACAGAUGGGAGAGAUGCACAAACUGAGCUGGCAUGUACAGAGCCUCAAAACCUCCAGACGGUCUAUCUGAUUGACCAGGUGACAUGCUCCACCAAUCAGGAGCUUGGCAUUUGCAUGGAUCUCCAUGAUUCUUCUUUGGCAAUGCAGGCAACCUAUCCAGAAAGGAAAUCGACCACUUGUGAUGUGAUAACUGUGGCUCCUGAAACGAUAAACUGUCACAAAGUGAGUGAAAUUGUCACUCUUCACCCUCAUAAUGGCUUUUUGGACCAAUCAGUGGUUGUGCCAGUUGGAGUCGAUGCUAUAAACGAUCUAAGGCAGUAUGAAGGCAACAUACCUGGUUUCAUCAACCACUUUUUAAAUUCUUCUGACUCCUCAAUCACAGGCAGAAGGGGCCAGGGUCAUUCAGGGGGAGGGGCCAAAGAAGACCAAUUGGUAAAAAGAGCAAGUGCAGCAAGUAGACGGUCAUUGAAAGAAUGGGUAAGCUGGUUGGAUGGUGGAAGAGGAGGCCGGCGAAGUCAAAUGAAAAGGUGGGGAUUGGUGGCAGGGUUAGCAUGGCGGGGUCAGGGCGGGGGUCGAGUCGGCAGACUGCUGGAGACCAGAACAACAGGGAAGAAUCCAAAGAAGGAGUUCUGGCGACAGCGAGGCAAAAAGGUAUUUGCGGAAGCAAAAGAGGCAAGAGGAAGAGACAGGCGCAGGAAGAGAGGCACAAAUGCAGGCAGUCAGAGGCAGAACCAACUUUCACGCACGCGUAGGCCAAGAGGGCGUCCUUGUCUACGCCCACUUCCUGCUUCCCAGAAUGUUUCAAGGACGCUAUCCGAAACAGACACUGUGGAUCCUACAGCUCUUGGCCUGCUAAACUCUGUACCAGCUGCUCAAACGGAGUCCGUUCAACCUAUUGAUACACUCAUAGAUGACUUCAUGGCAGGCCUCCAUUUUCUACCCCCAGCAGAAUAUCAAAGCAAUCAACAGAAGGCUAUGCAUUCCAAUGGUCAGUCCAUAAAGCCUCCAGAUCCAAAGCAGCAUCUUGAAGGUGAAUUUGGUGAUAUCCUAGAUCACUUUCUGAGGACAUUCGACCAGCAAGUUGGUUGUUGUGGUUUAGAUGUUGGAGAUGAGCUAUCACAAAACAAAUUUGAUGCCAGCAGUGACAAACCGGAUCCCGUCACAGAUCUAUGGAGCACCACCACGAAAACAUGUACACAGCUACAUCCUUGCAACACACACGUCCACCAACAUACACCACAAACAAACCUUUUACCCACCUCCAGCAUGCUAGGCACUCAGCCACAAUUGAAGUCUACAGUGAAACCAUCAGUCGCAGAGAAAACCAAUACCCGAGUAGGCCAAAUACCAGAACCACAAAUGGAGUUCCGAAGGCUUACUAGGAGCCAGAGCUUAAAGAGAAAGCUGGAAGCGACUUUAAAUGCCUCUCAAAACCCUGUAAAGAGGAAGUGCAAAGAAAAACAGAGUGCUAACACAAAGAAGAAAAGACGAAAGGUUCAUCGCGGGCAAUCUGAAGCAUGUGUAAACAAAAGUGGAGUCAACAACUUGAACAAAAACGGCAGUAAGAGGGCUAGCAAAGGCCGCAGUCAAAAAAGGGCAAAAAAAACAGGUGCACCAGAUAGAAAAAGUAAAGUGAGCAAAUAUGGUAAAAAUAAGAAAAGUGUUGAAAACCGCACUCCCAGAAUGGAUUGUGUUUUUGCAAGGAGGACGAGGCACCAAACAAGAACGACUGAAAUUAAUGGUCGUGGUGAGAAUGUUGGAGAAGAUCGUAUAUCUAAUGAUUUCCAGGCUGGUCAAUCAUCUGCAAAGAGCCAAAUACAAGAAACCUGUAUUGAGUUAGCUUCUUCAGCUAUGGAGAAGGUGAGAAUGCUUCUCCAGCUCCAAGAUGAGGAAGAAGACGAAGGAGCAAAUGAGAGUGUAAGAAUAGACAGAGGAAAUAAUGAAGGAAAUGGAAGACUGAUUAGCCAUAAAUGCAUAUUAAGAGCAGAAGAAAGACCCCCUGGGGAGAACAGUUUGCCAGGAUAUCUUGGAGAUGUUCAGAUGCCAGAAGAUAAAAGAAGAGUAGGAAAAAUGAACAGAGAGGUUAAGAGAGUAGGGAGUGGUUUAAAGGUAGGGAGACGGAAGCAAGAAUACAAAGGAAAAACAGCAGAAGGAAGGAGACAGGAAGAACUUGGAACUAAAGAAUGCAGCACGAGCGUCCAGCAGAAUCUGACUUCAAAUGGAGGCAAAGAAGUAAAAAACGACAGUCAGGCUUCCCUCAGCACUACAGUCACAAACGCACGGUUGAGUGAUCCAGUCGCAGCUAUAGGUCUACAUUUGCUUCAGAGUAAUGCUGUGCUGCUUUCUACCCAAAGCCCCACAGAUAGUAAAGAAGAUGACUUAGGAAAUGCAUCUGCCACACAACCUUGCCAAGAGCUUCUCAGCCUACACACAUCCACAAAAAACCUUCAGCGGGAUGAAGAAGAUGAUGUGGAUGUGCUGGAGGUGUCCAGUGGAAUCUCUGAGCUGCUUGCAGUUUUACCUGUGAUCUUGGAGGUGGAUCUGAGCACCGAGGAGGAGGAUGUUGAAGAUGUUGAGAUUGAUGUGCUUGGUCUAGAACAGGAUUAGCCAUGUGGAAUAAUUUCAGCUAUUACGGACCCCCACACACUUCAGAUCUGCUAUAAUGAGAGUUAAUGGAGGAAACGGGUAUAGAGUCCUGCAUAUUUUUUUUAUAUGUCAGACUGAGUUGCCAUGUGGGUAGAGACUGAACUUUACAUCAAGUCACUAACUAUUGAAAGGUUUAAGUUUUAUUUGUUUUACAUCAAAAAUGCUGAACAAGUCCCUUUAUUCCAUCUAGUUUCCUUUUAAAGUUGUAGCUGCAGAAGGAGAAUGGACAAAGCGCAGGAUUUGUAUGAUUGGUUUGAUACGUUUGGACUUUUUCAUGUGUUUAGUUCAUUAGUUUAACGUCGAGCUUUAAACCAGGAGUUCUAUAUGUGACUGUUAGUGUCUAUUGCAACACUGUUUACAUGCCUUUCAUCUUAACUAUUACAUUUUCUUAACUUUAAGCAAUUUAUUAGUUGUUUGUAACCUUUUGUUGUGUUAAAAAUUAAUAAAACAUUGAUUUGUAAUUUCA